AGACAGAAAAAUGUAUAAGGGAACUACAAAUUCAUAAAAAAUGGUGAAGAGGAACACGAUAGAAGUUGACGAUGCAGAGGACCUUGUUGAUGAUGACCUUGUCGAUGAUAACCUGGUAGAUGAAGAACUUGAGAUUCUUUUGCGGGAACAAGCGACUAAAGAAGCAGAAAAUCAAAUCAAUGAGCCUGUUCCUGCCCCAGCUCCGAAGCUUGUCUCCAGGCAAACCCAAACUGUUAAUCUGACUAUAUCUGACCGAGAAAUGAACAUGACCCAGUUGCAGGUUCCAGGGGCAACGUCAGCCAGAACACUGACAAGGCAACUCAGAACUGGGAGAGGGACCAUUAAGCGAUCUACUAUGCAAAAAUCUGCCAUGAAUGUGCAUAUGGUGACAGAUGAAGACGAAGAAGAAGUAGACACUUUUCAUAAAAUGGAAGCUGGGAUAUCUGAUAACAGAGCGCAGUCGGAAGCUGGUGACACAGUCUCCGUUAACCUGAUGGCUAGUAGAGCAAGCAAGCGGACUAUGAGCGGCAAAAUGGCCGGUCGGUUUAAAUCGUUUAACAGGAGUUUGUCCCGGACAUUCACUCUGAAUCGUCUGCGCCCCAAGGAGUCCGGAGAACGAAUACGAAGGGACAACAAACGUGCGCAUAUGGGGUGGUUCCAACUCCUGGUAUACGACCUGAAACUGGCUAUAGAGCGACAGAAACAGGAGCGCUAUGAGUUUCCUCUCUUCUUGAAGAGUAUUAAAACUAUUCAGGGAGAGCUAGGAUCAUCAACAGCAGCCCUCUUUCUCUUCGUAAGAUACCUCCUCAUGAUUAACAUUGGUUCUGCUAUCUUCUGGGUUGGAUUCGUUGUAAUUCCACAGGCAAUAUAUUUCGACUAUUCUGGUCUGUCUGAAGAAAGCGAUCCCUUUACCGGAAUACAGCUGUUUCUAGGAACGGGCCGGGUGGCUAAGUCUUGGCUAUUUUUCAGCGGAUACGAAGAAGUGGUUAACGACAGUUACAUGAUGUAUGUAGCCUACCUCGUCAUCCACUUCACCUCAAUCUUCGUUGUUUUCUUCGCUAUUCUCCAGACAAUCGGUAACGACACGAUACGGGACGGCUCAAAGUCACAAGACCAGGUCAGGUCUCUAGCGAUGAACUUGUUCGCGUCCUGGGACUACAGUAUCAACUCACAUGAUGCGAUUGAGAAACAACAGAAAUCAACCGGUUCAAACUUCAAGGAUUUGCUCUGUGAGCUGACAAGCGCUAAGAAGGAGCGCACUAUCAAGGAACAGCGGAUUAUCCUCGCGCUGCGUAUUCUAGCGUGGUUCAUCUGGGCAAUCCUAAUCGCUGGUGCCAUCACCGCUAUUAUAUUUGUAGUGGACCGCUCUGAUUCUGAAGAAGGCGGCUUCUUCAACGUAUACGGACCGACCAUUGCCUUGACAGCCAUAAACGGAGCUGUACCAUUCCUAAUGCAGCAGCUAACACUGAUUGAGAGCUAUGACAUAGGACGCACUGAGCAGUAUGUGACCCUGACACGUGUUUAUGUAAUGAGGAUGAUUAGUUUGAUCACCUUUAUUGUUACUCUUAUAAAGGCUGCUGGUGAUUCCGGGUCAUGUCCGCAGCUCUACUGGGGUCAGGAGUUCUACAAGCUGGUAAUAAUAAACACUCUGAGUAAUUGUGCUGCUCUCUCCAAGUACCCAGCCUUCUACUACCUCCUCAACAAGAAGACAGAGGUGGACCUACCCAGCACUCUUAUGUCUCUCAUCUACUUCCAGGGCUGCAUUUGGUUUGGAAAUCUCUUCUGUCCUCUACUCAGUGCAAUGGGAAUAAUCUCAAACCUCAUCUACUUCGCCAUAUCGUCGGCACUAAUAAAGAGCUGUUGCCAGCCACCCACCAAGCGUUACAACUCCAAUAACUCCAUGUUUUUCAACUUGUUCCUCGCUAUAACGAUUAUAUUAAUGUUUGGAAGCACGGUUUUCAUCAUUGUUAGCAUCUCGGUGGAUUGUGGCCCCUGGAAGAGCCCCAAAUUCGACAAUAUGUGGGACACGUGGGGGGAAAUGUCAGAAGGUUGGAACACACAAGCAAGGGAGAUUGUCCAUGUCAUCCUCUCUGCUGCUGUCGUGGUUCCAGUUGUCUUUAUACUGAGUAUUGUUGUUUGGCUUCUCAGGAUCAUGAAUGAGAAGAUGACGCUGAGAAACGAGAUCAUGGGAUCCGAGCUUAACAUGCUGAGAAUUGACAAAGCUAAUUUCUUAAAAGAAAAACGCUUAGGUUCAAAUGGAAAUGGGAAUAAAUAUGACUGAUGCAGAUGUACACUCAUACACUUUCAUUCGAGAUCAUGCUAUCAGAAGAAAUGGAUGGAUUACCUUGAUAAUAAGAUCUUCUGAUACAAAACAAAUAAAAGACUGAAAAUAUGUUAAGCUCGAUAGGAGAAGAUAAGAAACAUUUUUCUGUAUAGAGGUCAAAAUAAUGUGCGGAGUAAUAAGAUGAUUAAACUGUAGUUGAACUGAAUUGAGUGAAUGUUAGAUAGCUGGUAGACAUAAUAACUUAACUACUAAAUUUCCCGUUAGCUAACUUUUAGUAGUUCCAGAUUUGAAAAUAAUUAAUUUUUGAUAUUGUUUUUUUUGCUUUUAUAGCUUUUGUCUAAGGUUUUUUUCAGCAUUUUUAAUAAGUUUUACGAGCAUGGAGCUAUGACCUUAAAGAACGAUAACUUAAAUUAAAUAAUUUUCCGCAUGUGUUUUUUGGAUAAUGAAGUGAACCUGCCACGUAGUUACGUUUUUUUAAAUGAUAUUAUUCAAUUCUGCAAACAAAACCUGAAUCUGAGAAUAUUUUUAAGUUAUAUUAAUUGUAUUUAUCAGCCAUCUUGUUACUGUACACGAAAUAUUUAGGUAUUACUGUUUAGGUAGUACUACUGUUAUAUCUUUGUAUUUAUUUAUCCGUGCUUGUACAUUUGUUUAGGAGAAAUCAUGGGCUUUGGACACAAAUAAACAUUAAACCUAUCCACUGACAUUGUAAAGUAUAUUAUGUAGCGUAAAAAUAAUUCUGUCUCUGUAUCUAGACUUUAUAAUCAAAUUUUUUCGACAGUCUGACAAGACAGUUAAAGUGUGCUUUGUUCUUUAACUCAAUAAAAUAUAUUGAGUAUUAUGGCAAUUUAAGUCAAAUUUUACAAUUAUUGUCUCUUCCCCUA